AUGAGUUCAGUCGACGAAUCAACCACACCCCGCGAGCAUCCUGAUCCUACCACCGAACCCAAGAGAUUGAGUGGCAUCGCGGGCUCCGACGACAGCCACGACGACAGCGUUCAUGGCGGUGAGAAGGUGGAUCCGAGCACGGAUUUCUUGGAUUUCUUGGAUCUAGAGUCGACGACGCCGCCCUUAGAAGAACUCGACGGCCAACCUAGGAACACCGGUUCACAUUUCCCUCCGUCCGACUCCCGCGAUAGUGAUCAGACUGAUGGAGUGCCGGUUGCUAAUGUGGCUGACAUUCCGGCUCCAGCGGGUGCUAGCCCGGUCAAAAAUUCCACGCGAGCUGAUGGCACGCCGAUGGAUGCUGAUCCGGUUACGUCCGGUACUGCGCCUCGAAGGGGCAAAAGUCCAUCUGAAGAGAGUGACACGAAGCCGAGACGGAGUACAAACCCUUCGCGAAGUCAAACCAACUGGUCAGCUGUGAUCGAGGUGGAAUCUGAUCCGGAAGACGCGAACUGGGAUGACGAGGAGGAAGAAUCACUCACCGGGUCCUCUGAAACCAGCGACAAAGAGUCCUCGGAAAGCAGCGACGAAUCUUCAAACUCGGAUUCUCAGAUCUCAUCGACCUUGCAGGCUCAGUUGCCCAAGCCAGCCGGCAAGGGUAAGGGGCCCGCGGAACCGCUUUCCUAUCAUGCGUUGAGUCUCCGCUACGCAGCCUUGGAGGAUCAUCGGAAGGAGUAUACCCGCCAGGCCCAAAAGGAGAUCAGUCGCUGGGAGGACAAAAUCGAAAAGUUGAAGAAAAAAUCGUGCCAGAAGUCGAUCGCCUUGCGCAAACUGAAAAGGCGACAGAAGAACAAAGACCGCAAGAUAGCCGAGAUCCAUCAACGCGUUCAAUCCGAGCUCCAAGAUAUCAAAUCUCAAGUGGAGGCCGCCGGGAACACCGACUUGGCCGCUCAAAUUCGCGAGGCUACGGCCCGAAUCGCCCAGCAAGAGGAUGACAUCAACGCGCUCCAGAACGAAAACGUGAUCCAUGCUUUGAUCAAAUUGGACUUGGAAACUCAUAUAGAAAAACUUCAGGCAAAAAAGCGCGCAUUGGAAUCCAACCCGAAUGAUCUCUUGCGACCCUCUUAA